GAAAAAAAAUAUUAUUUUUAAAUAUUUAUCUUGCAAUUUUUCUCAUUCGUCAUUAUAGAUAAGUUUAUCAUUACAUUUGAAAUGUUUAACUAAUAUUGUAACAUAUUUGGCAUUGUAAUAAUGGACCUUUUUAUAUCAAUUACUUUUGAAAGAGAAGUGUAAGUCGCAUACGAAUAAGAAUUGCUCAAAUUCGAAUGCAACGAAAAUUUGUAAUUGUUCUUCGCUGCCGGCAAUGGGAGAUGCCGAUAAAAAGAAGAAUUCAAGAUUCAAAAAACAGAAGAUCAGAGGUUUUAAAAGUGUUCUAUCACUUUUGUAUACAGAAAAUUCAAAGCGAAUAAGCGCUCAGGAUUUUAUGUAUUGUAAAAGUGAAGAUUUCGUUGACAAUUGUUGAUGUACAGAUCAGUGUAGAUGUGAAAUUCAAACGAGGUUUUUAGCACCAUGGCUGAAUUACUAUUAACUGAUGUUUUAUAUUCAAAAAUUACUCCAGAGGAAAUUAUAAAGUGGUUGAUAAAUGACGAUGUUGAGGAUGAGAGACGGAAUAAUUUUAAAAAUGCUGAUUGUGCACGUGGUGAAUUUAUAUCAUAUUUUCUCAAUUUCAUAAGAAUCCAGUGUGCAAGUGUGCCACAAGCAUCCAACAAUGCAAAACAGACAUCAGCUUCGAAGAAUUUGUCAAAAAUCAAUGAGAGAUACGUUAUACCUGAAAUAAGAGGCAGACGUGUACCACGUUCUAUUGUUAAACACCAACCAUUGGAAUCUAAGAUAUUCCAAAAUGAUGUUAAUACAAUCAAACCACAGAUACAAAAAGAUAUCUCCAAAUCAGAACAAAAUAUUUUGUCUCAUAAAUCUUGUAGUGAUGGUACACAGAAAAUUAUUUCACAGAGGUACAUUUUUGAGAAUAGUCAUUUAGAAACUGUAAAUUUGGGAACCCAUAAUAUUCCAAUUGCAAAUUAUACCAGCACACAAACGAGUACUCCAAUAAUAAAGUGUUCAUCACCUAUCAGUGAUACUUCUUUUAUAAAUCAAUCAAAAGAUGAGUUAAGUAACUGUAAAAUAUCAUUAACAUCGGACAACUGUAGUACCAGCCAAUUGAAUGACUCUUUUUUCUUUAAUACAUCAGUGAAAUCCCAAAAUUCCUCCAGAAAUGAGUCAUAUUUACAUAAUAAUUCACUUUUGCCUAUCGAAAUUCAUCAAAGUCCUAUCUCACCAAUAUACAAUAAUCAUAUAUCGUCAAAACCUCCAAAAAAUGUUACGAAAUCGCAUAACAAAUAUCCACCACAACAAGUAAACAAUGUAACACCACAACAUAAAAAGAAUGCUCCAUCUCAGCAAAAUAGUUCACAAAAGAAUUCUAAAACAACUCCAAGGCAUACUAUUUGCUUGGGAGAUUUCUUAGCAACAGAAUCGAACAGUUCAAAGAAGGAUAGCAUUAAAAAAAGUAACUCGAAAAUACAAUUGUUAAGGCAAAGUAGAGAGGAAAAUCAAUUGCCAAGUAGACCAGCUGUAACGGACGAGUCUUUUCCUGAAGUGGGAGCAAGUUCUGCAAGGAAACAAAGACGAAUCAAGCCGACGAGGCUAGACAAAUCAGAAGACACCUCAGGAAACCAAACAAAUUGGGUCUUCGGAGUAGUGAAUCGACCCGUUAAAGUGAAUCCACAAUUCAUAGAAACUUUACCCACUGACAAUUCAGCAAAUAAAUCAUCGUUCGAUGUGGAAAGAGAUUUAUUGCGAUUAGAAAGAAAAAGACAAACAAAAAGCUUAUCUGCAAUAGAGUCAAAUGAUUCUGUGAUACAACAACCUCAACCCAAAAUUCGAAUGUCAACCAAAGCGAGUGUGAACACUGAAUAUAUAAUGCCAAAUGUGGAAUUGGUGGAAUACAUCGAUGUGCUAGAUAUUUUAGCACAACUUUAUUCUUCUCUACUCGACUACAAUUUAGUUGUCAAUCCUAUGACUGAAUUGUAUUUCAUAAUAUCGCUGAUUACCAUGUCAUGUUCAGUUGGGAAUAAUCAAUUUUCUAAUAGAACGACAGAAACAAAUGUAGAACAAGAUCGCAGCAAAAUAACUAUUGAUGAUAUUAACGAAUCUAUCGACGCAAAUAUGUUAACUAGUCGAGUUGAAAAUGAGGACGACUCAGAUGGAAAUGAGAAAGUGAAUUUUUCUUCUAUAAUCGACGAAUCCGAACAGUUGGAUGAUUUAAAUGAAGAACUUGGUUGUGCCGUGUUAACAGAUGAUAUAUCUCCUCAAACAGAACAAGAUAAUGUAUUAAGUACCUGUAAUGAUGAAAAGUUGAAAGAAAGUAAUGUUGUUGAUGGAAGUGGUCUAGAUUAUGAAUUAGAACAAGAGAUGGAUAAUAAUGAGCUGACAAAGUACCUUCAAACGAAACAUAAUCGUGUAUAUUUUUCGACAAGGGUUUUGAACAGUCAGAGAGUAUUAUUAAAAAAUUUGGAUAGAACUACUUUAAAGUUGCUUUCAGAAAAUAUCCAAAUCGGCACCUUCCAGCCGGAAUUGCAAGCAUUUUUAAAAGAGUUUUAUAAUAUAAAGUUUGCUGAAGCAAAUAGGAUCAAGCAAAUUUUUAAUUUUAGCACGAUGGAAACAAAUGUUUGUUUUCAAAUUGAUACAGAUAACCGAGACAAUUUUCCUUCUAUCUUAGCGUUUCAUUCCUUUAAGAAACAGCGUGAUAUGUUUUAUGAAAUAUUAAGAAGUUGGGAAGAAAAUCACUUAGUACCAAGUUGGACGCUUGCUUCAGCAUUGGGUGGAAAAGUCAAAACGCUUUUAACUUUACAUAACGAUGCUAUAAAUUAUUCACAUUUUGCCCGUUUAUUCAAAUCACAACUUUUAAUUUCUUGCAUUCGUAAUGGACACCAGGAAAAGUCUAUUGAUGAGGAGAGUUUAAGUGUUCUUAAAUCCUUAAAACAAUUAAAUCCUGAAAAGUUAACUCAACUCCAAGAAAGAUUAGUUACUCCAACAUUCUCACAAGGACCAGUUCCAUUGCCAUCAUUCCCAGGAGUGCAAGAAUUUUUUAAGGAUUUUCUCUUACUGACUUUCAAUCCAAUUUUCUAUGUACAUUUGGAAAAUUGUUUAGUACAUGAAAUUCUGGAACUUAACGACACGCAGUUCAUUGGUAGUGAUAUCGAAGAUACUGAAACAAUGGUCGAUGAAGAGACAAAGCAAAAUUUUAUCACUUGCUUAUCUAGUUUAAGAUUACUCGCAAAAAUAUUAGGUUUUCUUUUAUCACUGCCAUACCGAACUGAGACCGUUGCAACUGAAGGUAUAAUAGCAUCUCAAAUCGAGAUACGAAGCCGAGUUCAGCCAUCAUUAAAUUUACAAGCUUGUAUCAUAAAUGCAGUUGUUGAACGAAAGUUAUCCUUAACAAUACCAUGGGCAGUGAAAUAUUUAGCUAUGUUGGAACCAAUAUCACUCCGUUUGCCUUACUAUCAAGAAAUCUUGGAAUUGCUUUAUUAUAUUUAUCGUGGUUUUAAUCCUGCCAACAAUUUUCUAUCUCGAAAUUCAAUUUCUCAGCAAACAGUAACCUUAGUUAAAUUUGCAAUUGGAUGGCUUUUUGAGUUACCUAAUUUUCCCAAAGAUUUGUACUGUCUUUGGCAGUCGAGUUAUAAUAAUCGAAGACUGAAAGUACUAUGCCAAAUUGGUAAACUAGAUUGGCAAGAUCCUAAUGUGUUCUCAACGGAUACGAAGAAGUCUGCCAGUCCUGUAAAGUCCAAUUUAAAUCUGGAUCACUUGGAAAUAGUAGAUGACAGGGUACUGUACAUAUGUUGUCCAUUCCUAAUGGAAUUGAAAAUACUUCUCACAUCAGGAAAUGCUAAGUUAACUAGUAAUAAUCCUAUCAAGCAUAUUACUCCAGUUUCCAGUGAACUUGAUAAGCCAAUUGGUAGUACCAAUAAUACACAGAAUUUAGAGCUACAAUUAGAGGAAGCCUUUUUUCAUGGUCAACCUGCAUCGACCCGAAAAACAGUGGAUUUUGUUGCUGAAAGAGUUGCAUCGAGUUGUGUAAAAUAUGUUUGUAACAUUUUAUUACCCCCUGCCCGAGAGAAAAAUCUGAAUGAAUUUAAAAAAAUUGUCGACGAUGUACAAUUAGCGUGUGAUCAAUCAGUUAAACGAAAAAUAGUACAAAAUUCACAGAUUGAGCUAACAGAAAGGAUGAAUUCGAUGGCGGAAAAUCUUUGUAAGGAAUUACGAGAUCAAUGCGAAAAAUCAGUUCCAUCUAUGAUCGAAUCACGAAGUGUCGCAUCUAUCAAUGCACUAUUAGCCGAAGAUGCUUUAGCUUCUGUAAAAGAAAUGUGUGCUCAAAUAACAGUCAGAAUGGCUAUGGAGCGAGUUAAUCAAUGGAUACAGUCACAUCUCGUGAAUUCUUUAUUCGUUAAAGAUAUGGAGCCAGAACUUGGUAGAUUUGCAAAAAGCAGUAGUGCUAUCGAACCUUUUGAAAAGAGAAAUCACAAUCCAGCUGCUACCAGCCCGAUCGAUGUAUUAGAUGAAAUCAGAGAUCUGAUAUGGGAUUUAGUUGACAAUGAAGGAGAGUCUUUGGCGUUAGAAAUUGUAUCUAUUUCCUUGAAUAGAUUAUACGAAAGUUUGACAGAAAGGGGUGAUUUACUACCAGGACCUGAAAGAGUUAUUUGUGCACUCAGUGUUGACUUUGCAUUGUUUUUAAUUGCAUAUAGAACGGAUUUAUGCGUGCCGAAUAUUUAUGAUAUGUUCAUUAAAGUAUGGAAAAUAGAUUACGUACAGAUUACAGAUUCCAAUCCAUCGUUAAAGCGAUUGCUGAGUCCUAGAAAUAUAUUAUUACUAGCUCAGCCAAAUAAGGAACAUGUCUGGACUGCAUUUGGACAGUUUCUUCGAAAACUGUUGAAAGAAAAUCUUUUAGAUAUUGACUGUCUGAGUGAUCAAGCCGUUGCAUUGUUCAGAGAAGUGUGGCCAGUACCGACGUUAAAGAAUUUAUCAAAGUGUUUAUCAGAGAGCAUAACAGAUUACAAAUCAUUGGAUGAACAAACAGAAAGAAUUAAAUGUCUUCUUGUAUGGGUAGCCGAAACGUGUCAAGAUAUGGAACUUCGUGAUGAAUGAACAAGAAUAAAAAUUGGUACGAUAACUUUUGACGAUAAUAACGCGUUAUAAGUUGAAUAGAAUUUUAUACAUUUUUUUUAAUCUAUGAUUUGAUUUCUUUGUAGUGAUAAUUUUGAAAACUCAAUAUUGUACAAAUAUUAAUAGCACUUAAAAUUUAUCUUAAUUGUCAUGUUCAGUGUAUUGUAAAUGUAAUUUUGGACUGGCAUAAGGUAUAUUUAAUUACAUUAUAUUUAAUUACUGUAAAGGUUAUAGAUACAAUUAAUGCUGUAUGUAAUUUUAAUUUUUGUCUCUUCUUUUUAAUAAAAAAAACUCAUGCAACGAAA